AUGAUCCCGCUGCUGUUCCUGGUGCUGUUCGCGGAGGGGGCGGUGGCGCUGCUGCUCAUGGUCAAGAUCGGGCCGCUGCGGGAGCUGGCGAUGCGGGGCGUGGAGCAGGUCAAGACCGGCAAGGGCCCCGCCACCGUCAAGACGCUCGCCUGCACGCUCUCCGUCAUCCUCAUGUCCAGCGUCGCCGCCAUCGUCAGGAUCCAGGACAGGGGCCACAAGAUCGGCAACGUCAGCCCCAUGGACCAGGUGCUCUGGCGGACGCACCUCCUCGAGGCAUCCCUCAUCGGAUACACACUAUUCCUCGCAUUUGUCAUCGACCGGUUGCACCACUACCUUCGGAAGCUCAUCACCCUGAGGAAGUCAGCCAACACCUCAAGGGAGGAGGACAUGGCCAAGCUGAGCGAGGACAUGAAGAAGCUGAAAUCCGAGUCUGAAGAUCACCAGAGGAAAGCGUCUGACGCGGAGGCCCACGUCAACGCCCUGCAGAAGCAGUCCGAGGAGCUGCUCCUCGAGUACGACCGGCUGCUGGAGGACAACCAGAUCCUGCAGUCCCAGCUUCACUACAAAGGCUGA